AUGUCUCGCAAUAAAGACAAGCAUGAGGGCGCGAGUGGGCGCACGCAUCACAUUAUGUCGGAGGCGGAGCGGGCAUCUGGCAGGCGCGGAGGCUGGACCACGCUUGAGAUAACAGGAGGUGUGCGCGCUUUGGCGCCUCAAUUAUUUCAACUCACGCAUCUGACGGCGUUGUACCUGAACGACAACUCCCUACAGAGGAUCCCCCCCGACAUCAGUCAGCUAGUGAACCUGCACACCCUCGACAUGUCCAACAAUAAGUUACGCACUUUACCUGGUGAGCUGGGAGAUCUGAUACAGCUAAGAGAACUUCACUUACACAACAACUACCUUAGAGUGUUGCCAUACGAUCUCGGGAAGUUGUUUCACCUCCAACUCUUAGGUCUUCAGGGAAAUCCACUCAGCAAGGAAAUGCUAUCCAUUUACAACGAUAACAACGGUACUGCUAAGCUGUUGACGUAUCUGCUCGAUAAUUUACAAGGUAAGUUGCCGUAUAUAUUGGUAAUAAUAAGCUACCCAUUGAAACUACCUGCUUGUUCAAGAAAAUACAAGCGCUACAAAAGUAAACAACGUUUUAAUUGCGGUGCGAUUAGGGUUGUGAAGCUUUCCGCUGCAUAUACGCCGGCGAUAGUCGCGUGUUGCGGCUCGGCACUCCCACUCGCAAGCAGCCGCGGCCGGCUCGCGCUCAUUCACUUUAGUUGUGAGCCGACUGCCGCGGCGGAUGCACGCGACGAUUUACGCGCCUCCGAUGUUAGUUUACGAUUACGACAUCGCGUCCAAACUCGGGAUUUUGCCGUGACAUUGAAUUUAUCUAUCGAAUAUGGGUUAAACGACCCCAUCUACGCAAUGAGUCCGGGCGAGCGCGCCGCUCCAGGGCGUCGCGAAGCCCCUCGCCCUCACUAUGCUGCCACCGCACCGGGAUUCCCGCCACCACCAUACUACCCGCCCUACGGUGUGCCACAUCCCAAUGCAUGGCUCGGUGCUCCCCUUAUAUCCAUGGCGAGCCGUACCCCACAACGCGAUAACCCCGUAUCCAAGCUAGCUAUGCACGCUCAGGGGGCACCCCUUAUCAUACAAAAUAGACACGAUAGAAGAAAAUAUACAACCAUACCCGAGCAACGCAAUCAUCGCCCGAUGGGGCAAAUGGAUCAUCACACGAAGGAUCGUUGCGAUGUACCAGAAAAUAAUAGGUCAAAAAAUCAACAUGAACACCAACAACAACAACAGCAACAAAAUCGAUCGUCGAGAAGUGGACGUAACAAUAAUACGGACGCAGUGAGCAUCGCUAGUGAUGAAAGCUCUGGCUCGACGAACUCUGAAACAAUGUUGCCGAGAAUUAUAAAGCCGCGAAAGCGACGUAAAAAAGAUAGAAAACCUAAUAACAUAGUACCACAUGAUUUAACGUCCGUUGCAUUGGAUCUAGGCGAAGUCGAACACUGUGCAAUUACAAAUAUGGGGUCGACAUCGCACAGCGUUUACGAAGAAUCUUACUGUAGAGAUAUAUCACUGCCAUAUCGUUUAGAUGUGAAAGUGUUAGACUACCCGGAUCCAGCACAUGAGACAUAUCGAGUGUCUGCGUUAGGAGAAGCUUUGGAGGCUACGCGAUUUGGAUUAGCAGAGGCAGCAUCCCCUUCGGAAUCUGCCGUCAGUUCGUGCCAGUGUAGAUAUUGCGAUCCUGUCGGACAAAUAUGGGACGCAGAUUCGAUAGCUCAUUUAUUGGAUGAAAAUUCCAGUGGUGAUUUUGCACCCACUAAAUUAGAAGAUUCAAUGAAAGUAGUAGGACCACUAGGCAGACGCGGUGCCGAUACGAUGUUGAGACGAAGUUGGAGUGACCCUUCAGCGCGGAUCCCUGAGAGAAAAGUCAAUAACACCGAUACACUAUCGGCACCAAAUCUUUAUUCUUUAUUCCCACCACCUCGAAGAACUACUUCUCCCGAGCCAAGAUCACCCUUGGCUUUGGAAAUAUCUUCUGAAAUUGUUACAUCUAUGAAUGGCCACCGUGAUUUGGAAAUAAAACUAUUUUCGACCUCGCCCUCGGCCUCGACCUCCGAACGUCGUUCUUUCUUUGACGAUAAAAGUGAAAGUGGCGUUAACGAUAGAUGUGCAAACACGAACACUAAGAUAAAAUUAAAUAGUGCAGUGAGCAGUGCAAAAGUUGUGUCAAGUGCAAACAAUGACCGAAAAAGUGAAAAUUUGGAUUCGGGAUGCCUAAAGGCACUUGUGGCUGGCGAAAAUUCUCGUAACAUAUGUGAUUUAGCCUUAGUUUCUGCC